UGCUGCCGUCACGGGCGCACGCGCGCUGGCCGUUGGCGGCGCCGAGAAGCAAUGGCGCUGCUGGUGCGGGACCCGUUGGUCCCGCGGGCGCGGCUCCUGCCGCUGCCCCCCGGCGGUGGGUCGGUGCGCGGCCUCCUCCGCGAUCGCGCCCGGGCGCUGAAUAUUCCUGAAGAAAGUUUGUAUGUGAAAUGUAAUGGACGACUGGUGAAUGAUGAAGAUGUGUUGCAGAAUGGAGCUGUUUAUAGUCUGGAACCGAGACUUUGUGGUGGAAAAGGAGGGUUUGGAUCUAUGCUGCGAGCACUGGGUGCUCAGAUUGAAAAGACAACAAACAGAGAGGCUUGCCGAGAUCUCAGUGGAAGGAGACUUCGAGAUGUCAAUCAUGAAAAAGCGAUGGCUGAAUGGGUGAAGCAGCAAGCAGAACGGGAAGCAGAAAAAGAGCAAAGGCGCUUGGAAAGGCUGCAGCGGAAACUUGCAGAGCCAAAGCACUUUUUCACAAAUCCAGACUACCAGCAGCAGUGUCAUGAAAUGGCUGAGAGACUAGAAGAUUCAGUCCUUAAAGGAUUGCAGGCUACUUCAAGCAAAAUGGUGUCACCAGAAAGUGGCAGUAGUCGGAAGCGUCCAGGUGAAUCUGGAAAGAAUGGAGCAAAAUCUCGGAAAAAAAAAUGUUUUUGGCUGGGAUUGGAAGGAUUAGAUGAUGACGACAGUUCGGAUUGUGAGGAUGACAGUGAAGAUGACUCCCCUCGUGCAUCUGACGGAAGUUGUCCAUCAGGCAGCAGAUACAGUGAAAAUGCUGGUAAUUCAAAUGAAUGUUCAAGCAGCUCCGUGGUUUCAGUAGAGGAUACUCCAUCUACCAGUGUAACUGAGAAACCACUGGAGCAGCCAGAAGGUACUGGAAAACAUCUGCAAGGAGAGACAUGUGCAGGUGGGCAAACUGAAAUUCCAGCUGAUGAAAACAGUAAAAUGACAAAGCCUGUGAAGGAAGAGGCCCAAGAAAAGAAUGAAGUAACCCAAGCUCUGAAAGAAGAGGAACAAGAAAAUGUUUCUUCUGAGGCACAGGAAACGAGCCAGUUACAGAGCACAGAGGCGGAACCAAUAGACCUACUGGCAUUCAACUCUGCUGCUGAAAUGGAAGCUCUGGGUUUAGAUAAACUGAAGAUGGAAUUGAUGUCUUUAGGACUGAAAUGUGGAGGCACUUUAAAGGAAAGGGCAGCAAGGCUUUUUUCAGUGAGAGGACUGUCUAGAGACCAGAUGGAUCCUGCAUUAUUUGCAAAGCCCACUAAAGGGAAAAAAAAGUGAUUUUUUUUUUUUAAGAUGUAAUUUUGUAUCUGUGUGUUUUUUAAAUUUUUCUUAUUCUGUUGUUAUACUGCCACAUAGAACUCUUUGGCACCCCUGGAUGUCUUUUGUUUCUAUUCUUAAGGAAGUUUGAUUAACAUAGAGUAAGUUGCUAGAUAGUGAGUUAGUUAUGUGUUCAAUAUUAAAGGAGUGAAACUACUAUCUUUUGAUAAACUUUACAAAUAGUUACAACAAGUCUUAAUGCAACAAGUAGAGCAAGCUCACUGUAUAUGGAAAGAAAUAACCUGAAUGUUUUCUGGAAAGUGGUUUUGUGACACUGUCAUCACCUAUUUUAAGAAAAACAUCAAUCCUUUCUUAGCGUUAUAUUGAAUCUUCUUUAAUGUGUAUUCUAGUUAGCAGAGUUACAACCAUCAUUGGUUGAGAAAUAUUGAACUUAUGUUUCAGGCUUAAAAGCUGAAGUUUCUUUAUAUAAAAAGAACAUUUUUAUAUUUAUGAGGUCAGUAUAAAUAAAUAUGCUGUGCUAUGAGUUUCUGUGGGAUGUCAGGUAUCAGUACGACAAAUUAUUAAUGCGUGUAAGUAUUUCUUUUAGAAGAAGUUUGCUCUGGAAAGGUAUCUGAGUGAGGGAAAAGGGAAGAACCACAUCCUUAAGAAAUUAAAAAUAAUAAAGUAUACCUGCUGAAGGUUAGUAACAUACAGAGCAAUCAUCUGAAGCUGAGUGGGAAAUUUAGGAUGGUUUUAACUUUUUUUUUCAGUGAUAAAAGCAAUGGAAUUGUCUCCCAAGGACUUAAAUACCUGUAGUGGUGGUGCUUUAUCCUGGAGCAGCAUCUGUAAUCUCAGUGCUGGCAGUUACCCUGUGAGGUGGUAAGGGCCCUGUGCAGGAAGGGCAGCACGCUCGCAUGACUGUGGGUGCAGCUGCUGCUUCUCUGGUUGGAGAGGCUUUCUAGAAGUGUUUAGUUCAGUGCCUCAGAUUUCAGACUUUACCACCGUAUGCUGGAGAAUAUUAUGUUUAUUAUCUACUUAUCAGGUUUUCUUGUAGAGACAUGAAAAAUUAAAAAUUAUCUCUCUCCUCUUCUGGCAUUGUA